CGCCGACAUCGCAAUGCCCAAGUUGACAUUAUUAUUAACUGCUGGCUUCAUUCAGUCCCUGUGACUUCACCACCUUCACCACUUCUCUCCGACAUCCACGACCUCUCUACCCCUGUCAGUUGACUCAUACAGGGCUGAAUUUACCACCAUAAAGAUCGCCAUGCUUUGAGUCUCGUCCAAUUGUUAUUUUCGUUCAUUUCCCUCCAACUCUUCCCUCUAGAAGAAGCCAAUUCCUUCGAUUCCUCCGAUUCCUCCGCCUCGUGCCCACGAUGCUGUCCCAGUCAGCAAUUCGCGGCCUUAGGUCGCCCGCCCUUCGAGCGUCGUGCUCGAGAACUUGGUCGUCCAACUAUGCUCGCUCUCUCUCUACCACGGCGUCCAGGCGCGCCGACGAGCAGCUGAACAAGGUGUCGGCCACCAUCACCCAACCCAAGUCCCAGGGCGCCUCUCAGGCUAUGCUUUACGCCACCGGCCUCAGCGAACAAGACAUGAACAAGGCCCAGGUGGGCAUCUCCUCCGUCUGGUACGAGGGUAACCCCUGCAACAUGCACUUGCUCGACCUGUCGGCCAUCGUCCGCGAGUCCGUCGCCAGGGCCGGCCUGAUUCCCUACCGAUUCAAUACUAUCGGCGUCUCCGACGGCAUCAGCAUGGGUACCAAGGGCAUGAGGUACUCCCUCCAGAGCCGUGAGAUCAUUGCCGACAGCAUCGAGACGGUCAUGAACGGUCAAUGGUACGACGCCAACAUCUCCCUCCCCGGCUGCGACAAGAACAUGCCCGGUGUGGCCAUCGCCAUGGGCCGCGUCAACCGCCCCAGCAUCAUGGUCUACGGCGGCACCAUCAAGCCCGGCUGCAGCAUGAGGGGGGACCCCAUCGACAUCGUGUCCGCCUUCCAGGCCUACGGUCAGUACAUCACCGGCGAGAUCACCGAGGAGCAGCGCUUCGACAUCAUCCGCAACGCCUGUCCCGGCGGUGGUGCCUGCGGCGGCAUGUACACGGCCAACACCAUGGCCACGGCCAUCGAGACCCUCGGCCUCACCCUGCCGGGCAGCAGCAGCAGCCCUGCCGAGGACCCGAGCAAGAAGGCCGAGUGCGAGAGUGUGGGAGGAGCCAUCAGGAAUCUUCUCAAGGAGGACAUCCGGCCGCGCGACAUUUUGACUCGCCAGGCCUUUGAGGACGCCAUCAUCGUCGUCAACAUCCUGGGCGGCAGCACCAACGCCGUCCUGCACUUGAUCGCCAUGGCCGAUGCCGCUGACGUCAAGCUCACUGUCGACGACUUCCAGGCCGUCUCGGACCGGACGCCCUUCCUCGCCGAUCUCAAGCCCUCCGGCAAGUACGUCAUGGCCGAUCUCCACGAGAUCGGCGGCACGCCCGCCCUGCUCAAGUUCCUCCUGAAGGAAGGCCUGCUCGACGGCUCCCGUAUCACCGUCACCGGCAAGACCCUCGCGCAGAACGUCGACGCCUACCCGGACUUCCCUGCUAACCAGGACAUCAUCCGCCCCCUGAGCAACCCCAUCAAGCCGUCGGGCCACAUCCAGAUCCUGCGCGGCCAGCUCGCCGCCGGCGGUUCCGUGGGCAAGAUCACGGGCAAGGAAGGCCUGCGCUUCGAGGGCAAGGCGCGCGUGUACGACGCCGAGGACGACUUCAUCGCGUCGCUCGAGCGCGGCGAGAUCAAGAAGGGCGAGAAGACCGUCGUCAUCAUCCGGUACGAGGGGCCCAAGGGCGGCCCGGGCAUGCCGGAGAUGCUCAAGCCCAGCUCCGCCAUCAUGGGCGCCGGCCUCGGCCAGGACGUGGCCCUGCUGACGGACGGCCGCUUCUCCGGCGGCAGCCACGGCUUCCUGAUCGGCCACAUUGUCCCCGAGGCCAUGGAGGGUGGUCCCAUCGCCUUGGUGCAGGACGGUGACACCAUCGUGAUCGACGCCGAGAAGCGCGUCAUCGACACCAAUGUGUCGGAGGAGGAGAUGAGCAAGCGGAGGGCGGCUUGGACUGCGCCGCCGCUCAAGUACGCCAAGGGCACGUUGAAGAAGUACGCGAGCCUGGUCACCGACGCCAGCUCGGGAUGCGUGACGGACGGGAAGAUAUAGAGGGGCGAUGAUAAGAAGAGUGUGAUAUAAUACCAUUGUUCGGAUGUGGAAAAUAUGUACCUUAUUUUUGAUCAAUGGAGUUUCAGUUUGUUUCUUUUCCCUGUCUCAGAACAUGACCUGGCAGGAUUGGGAUGUGUUUCUAACAUACAGAUACAAACAGACUUAUAUGCCUUACAUCGGAGUGUGUACUUGAAGCCGCUGCCCUGAACGCAAUAACUUGUU